AUGUUUGUGGAAAUCGCGGCACAGUGCAUUUGGGGAUCCAUUAAAGACGUUUAUAAAAUAGACUUAUUCAACGUCUACAAUAUUGUGGUAUUCAUUGUGGUAAUUGGACUAGUCAGACUCGUUCAGUGGGUCCGGUAUCUUCGGAGUUUGCCGCCCGGACCUUGGGGAUUCCCCAUUCUCGGUUAUCUUCCGUUCAUCAAGGGUGACUUGCAUCUCCAGUUUGGCCGACUGGCUGCUGAAUACGGGUCAAUGUUCAGUGCUAAACUCGGCAGCCAGCUAAUUGUUGUUCUCAGCGAUCAUCGCACCAUCCGCGAGACAUUCAGGCGAGAAGAAUUUUCCGGAAGGCCACACACUGAAUUCAUGAAUAUUCUCGGCGGUUAUGGUAUUGUCAAUACCGAAGGCGCGAUGUGGAAAGAACAGAGAAAAUUUCUCCAUGAAAAGUUACGAUAUUUCGGGAUGACUUACAUGGGAAACGGAAGAAAAUCCAUGGAGACUAGAAUAAAGCGCGAAAUAGAAACUAUGAUACACACGCUGUCAGUAAAGAGCGGCGCACCAACAGAUCUUUCACCUACACUGAGCGUAUCAAUCAGCAAUGUCAUCUGCUCGAUCAUAAUGGGGGUAAGAUUCCAGCACGGAGACGCUAAAUUCAGCCGAUUCAUGGAGCUGAUUGACGAAGGAUUUAAACUUUUCGGGAGAAUGGUUCCUGUUAACUUCAUUCCGUUGAUGCGGUACCUGCCUGGACUGUGCAAGGUCCGCGACAAGCUGUCCCGCAACAGAUCCGAAAUGGCAGAAUUCUUCCAAGAAACUGUCGACGAGCACCGCAACACCUUCGACAAAGAAAACAUCAGGGAUAUCGUGGACGCUUAUCUCGUUGAAAUUGAGAAAGCUCAGACGGAGGGAAGAUCGGCGUCGCUGUUCCAGGGAAAGAAUCACGAUCGUCAAAUGCAUCAAAUACUGGGGGAUUUGUUCUCUGCCGGAAUGGAAACCGUGAAAACAACUUUAGAGUGGGCUGUAAUUUUAAUGCUCCACCAUCCAGAAGCGGCCAAAGCCGUCCAAGAAGAACUGGACCACAUUGUCGGGAGAUCACGUAUGCCCGCAUUGGAAGACCUUCCUUACUUGCCAAUUACCGAAGCCACAAUUCUCGAAGUAAUGAGGAGAUCCAGUAUUGUACCACUUGGAACCACUCACGCAACUACUAGAGACGUUAAGUUUAACGGAUUCACAAUACCAGCAGGAACGCAAGUAGUACCGCUACUCCAUGCAGUUCACAUGGAUCGAUCAACAAUCACAACUACUGUUGAUAUUGCUUGCUACUUACUUACCUAG